CUUAAACCCGGGACAUUAAGUUCCAAAACGACGACGAAUUUCAUCUACGAAAGCGUAGUUAGUUACUUCAAUUCCUUCACGUCCCUGAAUUUGAGUAAGGCCUGCAGCAGCAGCAGCAGCAGCAGCAGCAGAAGAUGAGCAGUGAAGCCAAGAAAAACCCAAAGCACUUUCAGCUUAACCCAAACUGGGUUCAACUCCAACAAAAACUGAAAUCCUCUGCUAAGCCUUCAAGGCACUCCAAUAACCUACAAUCUGAAACCCCAAACUCUAUAUUAGGAAAGCGUAAGGAGAGGCCAAAUUCAGACCCUGAUGAUGCUAAGCCUAAUCCUUUAAUCCCAACAAAUGAUGAUUCCAGUGUGACAGAUGUGGUAGCUAUGGAUUGUGAAAUGGUUGGUGUUGGUCAGGGGAACAAGAGUGCUCUUGGACGGGUUACACUGGUAAAUAAAUGGAGAAAUGUCAUAUAUGAUGAGUUUGUGCGGCCAGUAGAACGUGUUGUUGACUUCCGCACACAUAUUAGUGGCAUUCGUCCUCGAGACUUGAAGAAAGCAAAGGAUUUCCGGGUUGUUCAGAAGAAAGUGGCAGAAUUAAUCAAGGGAAGGAUUCUUGUGGGUCAUGCCUUGCACAAUGACCUUAAGGCAUUACUACUAACACAUCCUAAGAAGGACUUGCGCGAUACCUCAGAGUAUCAACCCUUUCUAAAGGAAGGACGAAGAAAGGCACUUCGGCAUCUUGCAGCAGAGGUUCUAGGUGUUGAGAUCCAGAAUGGCGAACACUGCCCUGUAGAUGAUGCUCGUGCUGCAAUGCUGCUUUACACGAAAAGCCGAAAGGAAUGGGAGAAAAGCGUUAAGGAUCAAUUAAGGCUCCAAGAAAAGCAGAAGAAACGCAAGCACAGAAAGAAACUGAUGUCCGACAUCAACUGAAACCAUGCACCAACUGCAUCCUAAUGGUGGUUGUCACAUGAUUCUCGGACUUCAUAUUCCAGAUUCUUCAGAAAUCACCUUCACAGAGUUCUUGCCAUAAAUCUGGACUGGAAGAAUCAGAUGAUACAGCAUCAGACGGUUUUAGAGAAGAAACGGCUAACCCCUUUAGCUGUAACUAACUUUGUUAGUGUGAUGGAAAGAACUUGUUUAAGUUCCCAAUUCAUUAAAACAUCAAGUUUUGUCUUUUUGGAGUUUUUCAAAGGAAUUUGUGAAAACUUAUAUUUA